AAAAAAAAAAAAAAAAAAACAGAAAAGAAGAAGAGGGCGUGUAACGGUCAUUCUGGUUGAAUGUGGGACUGCUUCAUGUAAAAAAAAAAUGUCUUUAGUCCAGCUACAACGAGCAGUUAACUGAUGCUGAAGAAACAUUAACAGAGUUUAAAGAAAUCAUCGUCAAAUCAGAGGAAGAGAUGGAUGAUCAGCGUAGACUGCUGGAUUUCUCCCGGAUUCCCCGGAUAAUCUUACGCCGGAUAGACUGCCUACAGCACACCAUUUAUAAUGAGAAGUUAUGUAACGAGGAGAGGAGUUUCGCUCUGGACCAGGAGGAGUUAGAACCCCUGCAGAUAAAAGAAGCAAAUGGACUCAACAACGUUUCGGGGAAAGAACCAAACCCUGAGAACCAAAAUUGGGAAAGAAGCAAUCCCAUAGACUUUGGAGCAAAAAGAGGUGAAGAAAAGAAACCUAAGAGGGAUCAGAAAACCAAACAGCAUGGUGAAAAUUCAAGACAGAAAGGUCAUGAAUAUCUUCCUCGAAAUAGUGACUUGACUAAAAAGAUAUCAAAAAAGACAUGUGAGAGACCUGUCUCAUAUUGCCUGCAGCAUAACGUUUAUAAGGAGGAGCUCUGUAACCAGGAGGAAUUAGAACCGCUGCAGGUGAAACAAGAACAGGAAGACCCAGGAUUUCUGCAGAUUAAAGAAGAGCAAGAGGAUCUAGAACACAGGCAGAUAAAAGUGGAAGAAAAAGAAGUUUACUGCAGUCAGGCUGAUGAAGAGGUGACCCUAAAACAGGAGACUGAUGCAUUCAGGACUAGUCCUGUUUAUGAGAAAACAUACCAAACUGAAUCAGAAACAAAAGGGAUCCAAGUCAUCAUCCAGGAAGCUGCUGAAUCUGAGAAACAAAAUCAGGAAAGACGAAAGCCUUUCUCAUGUGUCAUCUGUGAAAAGCGUUUCGCUUUAAAAUCCGUUUUUGAUGCUCACAUGAGAACUCAUACGGGUGAAAAGCCGUUUUCAUGUGUGAACUGUGAAAAAUGUUAUAAAGUAAAAUCUCAAUUAACUCAGUGA